AUGCGAUGGCGGUCGGUGGUGCUGGGGCUGCUGCUGCUGCGGCUCGGGCUGCAGGCGCUGCUGGCGCUGCUGCCCGCGCUGGCCCGCGGGCUGUGCCUGCACCCGCGCCUGCCCUGCCCCGGCCCGCGGCCGCCCGCGCUGCCCGGCCCGCCCGCGGGCGCUGCGGGGCGCGGGGCCCGGCUGUGGGGCGCGGCGGCGGGCGGCGAUGAGUACGAGCGGCGCUACAGCGGCGCCUUCCCCCCGCAGCUGCGGGCGCGGCUGCGGGACGCGGCCCGGGGCAUGUUCGUGUUCGGCUACGACAGCUACAUGGAGCACGCCUUCCCCCGCGACGAGCUCGACCCGCUGCACUGCCGAGGCCGCGGGCCCGACCGCCGCGACCCCUCCAAUCUGAACAUCAAUGAUGUGCUGGGGAACUACUCCCUGACACUGAUCGACGCGCUGGACACGCUGGCGGUAAUGGGAAACUCCUCAGAAUUCCAGAAGGCAGUGAAGUUGGUGAUUGACACGGUUUCAUUUGACAAAGACUCCACAGUCCAAGUGUUCGAGGCGACAAUCAGGGUUUUGGGAAGCCUGCUGUCUGCCCACAUCAUAAUUACAGACACCAAGCAGCCCUUUGGCGACAUGACCAUUAAGGAUUAUGACAACGAGCUGCUGCACUUGGCUCAUGACCUGGCAGUGAGGCUGCUCCCAGCCUUUGAGAACACCAAAACUGGCAUUCCCUACCCUCGGGUGAACCUGAAGAAGGGGGUUCCUCCAGACAGCCACAAUGAGACCUGCACGGCAGGAGCUGGAUCCUUGCUGGUGGAGUUUGGGAUCCUCAGCAGGCUGCUUGGUGAUUCCACCUUCGAGUGGGUGGCCAGGAGAGCUGUGAAGGCACUGUGGAGCCUCAGGAGCAAUAACACUGGACUGCUGGGAAAUGUUGUGAACAUCCAGACUGGUCACUGGGUCGGGAAGCAGAGUGGACUGGGAGCAGGGUCAGAUUCGUUCUAUGAGUACCUGCUGAAGUCCUACAUCCUCUUUGGGGAAAAGGAGGACCUGGAGAUGUUCAACGCUGCUUACCAGAACAUUCAGAGCCACCUGAGGAGAGGUCGGGAGGCCUGCAAUGAAGGAGAAGGUGACCCUCCCCUGUACGUCAACGUGAACAUGUACACGGGCCAGCUGAUGAACACCUGGAUUGACUCUCUGCAGGCCUUUUUCCCUGGACUGCAGGUGUUGAUAGGAGAUGUGGAAGAUGCCAUUUGUCUCCAUGCCUUCUAUUAUGCCAUAUGGAAACGCUAUGGAGCUCUCCCAGAGAGGUACAACUGGCAGCUGCAGGCCCCAGAUGUUCCCUUCUACCCGCUGAGGCCGGAGCUGGUGGAGUCCACGUAUCUUCUUUAUCAGGCCACAAAGAACCCGUUUUACCUUCAUGUGGGAAUGGAUAUUCUGCAGAGUUUGGAAAAAUAUACAAAAGCAAAGUGUGGCUAUGCCACGUUGCACCAUGUGGUGGAGAAGACCAAGGAGGAUCGGAUGGAGAGCUUUUUCCUCAGUGAAACCUGUAAAUACUUGUACCUGUUGUUCGAUGAAGAGAAUCCAGUGCAUAAAUCUGGGAACAAGUUCAUGUUUACUACUGAGGGCCACAUCGUGUCUGUGGACGAGCGUUUCCGGAACUCGCUGUGGGAGGACAUCCUCCCUGGAGAGGAGGACAGCGCCCACAAAACCAAACCCGCCGAGCUCAAGGCAGCCAACUUCAGCUCCAACUGCAACAGAGUCCCUGAUGAGAGGAGGUACCUGCUGCCCCUGAAGAGCAACUACAUGAGGCAGAUCGACAGAAUGGUGGGACUGAUCUGAGGGGCUCUGCAGGGAAACUCCAGAGGAGCCUGGGAUUCCUCUGCAGACAUUCCUCCCCCUGCAGCUGCUCCUGCACAGGCUGAGCCCCCCAGCAGUCCCCUGGACACAAAGGAGAUGGAGCUCAGUCCCCCGAGCUGGGCUAACCUCCCGUGCCACCUGAACAGACAGCUCUUGUUUCGAGACUUCCUGUGAAAUAUGUUGUUGCAAAUGAAGGCUGGAGAUAUUUCAAAAGAGAAAGAAGGCAGAUUGGCCUGUGCCACUUAGCUACCUCUUUGUAGCUGUGUUACAAAUGUCCCUCUGGAGCAGGGUCUGGGAUUUCAUUUGAGACGAUCUCGGGGCUUGGGGGAGGAGUGGGGAAGUGCAAUUUUUUUUUACACCAGGUUGAAUUACUGAAUUUUUCUGACUAGCAAUACACAACCUUAAGGUCUACUCAGGUAGGAACCCACUGGGUUUGCUGAAACAAGACUGCUCUAUGUACUCUUGGGAAGAGAACUCCUGGCGGUGUUAGAGCUGUUGGUGGAGCCUGACAUCCCUGAUACUCACAGCUGACAGAACCUGCAGGGUUGUGAGAGCCUGUAGCUGCAGAAACCAGAGAUCAAACCAGUCCAGGUGCCUUUUUGGAAGGGACUGUGGGGAGGGAAGGGGGGAUUGCAAAGCCACUCGGGCAGAAGUUCCCAAAGUUUCCUUGUUUGCCAAGUUUUAGUGCCUUUUCGGGAGAGAUGCUGCUAAGAACCUGUGUCACAGUACAUGAAGAACAAACUAUUUCACAUUCCUGACAGGAUUCACGUGUUAGUGCCUUAAGUUCUCUUCACUAGCAGGGAAAACUGAGCUUCCUUGGGAAGAUGGAAAAGUAUUUUUGACGAGCUGGUUGCAAAAUACAGUGGAACCCAAAGUCACUUAAAAAGAGAUGUUUGUUUUUAUAAGAUGCUGGAAGAAUAUCUAUGAACUUCGAGGAAGAAAGCAGUUAAGGGCUUGAGGGAUGACAACAAACUGAGGCCAAAACGAUUUUAAACAGAACAAGUUGGGGUGUUUUUCCAGUGGUUCCCCGUUGCUUGCAUACUUCUAACUUGACUACAGUUGAAGUAGCAGAAUGUUAUUUUUGGGUUAAUGACUUUUAAAUUGAGGCGUAAAUACAAGGGCAUCUUGAUCUGCUGUAUUUUCACCUUCUUGCAACAACAUUGGUUUUCAUCAACCACGUGUUGCAACUCAAAACAUUUCUAAUAAAUACGAAGUUUGUGCUGGAGAGGUUAUUGUUGGAAUCUUUUAAUGUAGAGAUGCAUCUCAGGGACUUUGUUGUAGAAUCUUCUAUUCCAUGGCAGUUGAAUCUUGUAUUCAGGAAAAAAAAAAAAAAAUCAUCAAGUCUUCUUAGUCUUAUUAUGUGUGUUUGAAGGGGUGAAGGGUUGGAGGGGGGAGAGGGAAAUAGGUUCAAGUUUCCCAAAUUAUUGCAGUAGAACGGGUUGCCUUGGUGUUUGAGGCAGCUGCUGAUUCCAGCUGCUGUAGGAUUGGCUUUGCCAGAGGUAUUAUUGGAAUGUCUGAGCUGUCUGUUUCGAAGGAGAGCAGGAAUUCAAGGUGUUGGGAGAGGUCCAGGCUGUGCUUCCAGCCCCUGCAGGGUGAGAAGGGCAGGAGGUGGCAGAGGGGGACAAUUCUGCCACCCCCAGCCAGGGAGGGAGGUCUGGAAUGGGAAAUGGUGGGGUGGGAGCCCAGCACUGCGUCCCACACUGGCUGUGUGAACUCAGGAGUGGCAGUGCCAGGGUGGGCAGGAUUCUGUGGGCAGGAUUCCAGGAAGGACGGGAUUCCAGGAAGGACAGGAUUCUGUGGUAAGAAUUCCAGGAUGGACAGGAUUCUGUGGGCAGGAUUCCAGGAAGGACAGGAUUCUGUGGUAAGAAUUCCAGGAUGGACAGGAUUCUGUGGGCAGGAUUCCAGGAAGGACAGGAUUCUGUUAUGGAUAGGAUUCUGUGUGGUAAGAAUUCCAGGAUGGACAGGAUUCUGUGGGCAGGAUUCCAGGAAGGACAGGAUUCUGUUAUGGAUAGGAUUCUGUGGUAAGAAUUCCAGGAUGGACAGGAUUCUGUGGACAGGAUUCCAGGAGGGACAGGAUUCUGUUAUGGACAGGAUUCUGGAAUUGACAGGACUCCAGGACAGACGCACCCUAAGUGUGCUGGUGGCUCCUCCUGGUCCGGGUUUGUCCCUGACUCCCAGUUCAGCUCCCUGAAUGUGACACUGCCUGCUCUCUGUGUCUGUGCCCUCUGAACUCCUGAACCCAGGGGAGGGUCCCAGCCCAGGAUUGUGCGUAGAAUCUGUUCCAGAGCUUUCCAGAGAGAAUUCCACGACUGAGAGGAAGUUGCUCAAUUGUUUUGCCAUUGUGUUUUCCUUGUGAUUGCCAGGAGUAGUGGAAGGUGGCUGAGAACGGGAGCAGCCCAGACAGGAAUUGCAGCCUUCCAGCCGCACACGGUCAGCUUCCCUUGGGAAUUGCUUUGGAAUUUCUGUUGCCCGGUGCAGUGACAAUCAUCUUCCCAUAGAAAUGCUCUUUAUCCUCACCGAGGCUGGUGGUAAAAGACUCUGUGUUCUUUCAGGAGCCAAUUUUUCUUCCUCUUUGUUCUGCAAAUGGCUUGGAUAGGUUUUUACUCUGUAAGGACAGGGCACCUGCUCUGCACUAAAACGAGAGCUUUUGUACACGUCAGUGGCAUCCAAAUGGAACUGGUAACAGUGCUGGAAUCUCCUGCUGAAACACACUCUUGUAUUUCUUGGUAUCAUGUGCAAUAUCAGGUUUUCCUAACUGAAAGUGCCAUGUAUGCUUAAUUGUUAUUUAUCCAUGAAGUAUUUAACUGGGGACGGGAAACUUGGAAGAGGACCAAAUGUGCUUUCAUGAAAUGUCCUGAAUUUUCAACACUUGGCUUGCGUUUUGCAAAUCUGCAUUAAAAAGUACC